UUGCAAAUGGCGUCUGCCAAGUGUGUGAGGAGUCGGAACUUUUGGUAAAAAACACCGAAGAAGUUGUUUAAGGCAAAUUUGUAGUGUUUCUUGUAACAUUUAAUCGAGUUUAACGUAUAGUCAGCAAAAUGCCAGCAGUGCGUGGAGAUGGCAUGCGUGGUUUGGCAGUUUUCAUAUCAGACAUCAGAAAUUGUAAAAGCAAAGAAGCGGAAAUAAAGAGGAUCAAUAAAGAAUUAGCCAAUAUUCGGAGCAAAUUUAAGGGGGAUAAAACUCUUGAUGGUUACCAGAAGAAGAAAUAUGUCUGCAAACUGUUGUUCAUCUUCCUCCUUGGCCAUGAUAUUGACUUUGGCCACAUGGAAGCUGUCAACUUGUUGUCCUCCAACAAGUACUCUGAGAAACAGAUUGGAUACCUUUUCAUUUCUGUUUUGGUCAACACCAACAGUGAUCUCAUCAAGUUGAUAAUCCAGAGCAUCAAAAACGAUCUCACAUCAAGAAAUCCAAUCCAUGUUAACUUGGCGAUGCAGUGCAUAGCAAACAUCGGGAGCAAAGAGAUGGCAGAAGCUUUUGGAUACGAAAUUCCAAAACUUUUGGUUUCAGGAGACACUAUGGACGUGGUGAAGCAGUCUGCGGCUCUUUGUCUGCUGAGGCUGUUCCGCACAUCACAAGAGAUUAUCCCCGGCGGAGAGUGGACCUCUCGUAUCGUACAUCUGCUGAACGACCAACACCUGGGCGUGGUCACUGCAGCUGCGUCUCUCAUUGAUGCCCUGGUCAAGCGCAACCCAGAUGAGUACAAAGGCUGCAUCAGUCUGGCCGUCUCUCGUCUGUCCAGGAUUGUAACGGCCAGCUAUACGGAUCUCCAAGACUACACUUAUUACUUUGUCCCUGCUCCAUGGCUUUCAGUUAAACUGCUCAGGCUUCUGCAGAAUUAUACUCCUCCAGAUGAUCCUGGUGUGAGAGGGCGCCUAAAUGAAUGUCUAGAAACAAUAUUAAACAAGGCUCAAGAGCCACCAAAGUCAAAGAAAGUACAACAUUCCAAUGCUAAGAACGCAGUUCUGUUUGAGGCCAUCAGUCUUAUCAUUCACAAUGAUAGUGAGCCCAAUCUGCUUGUGAGGGCAUGUAACCAGUUGGGCCAGUUCUUGUCCAACAGAGAGACUAACCUUCGCUAUUUAGCCUUGGAGUCAAUGUGUUUAUUGGCCAACUCGGAAUUCUCUCAUGAUGCUGUCAAAAAACAUCAGGAAGUAGUCAUCCUCUCCAUGAAGAUGGAGAAGGACGUGUCAGUGAGACAACAGGCUGUGGACUUGCUGUAUGCCAUGUGUGACAAGAGUAAUGCCGAAGAGAUAGUACAAGAGAUGCUCAACUACUUGGAGACAGCCGACUACUCCAUCAGAGAGGAAAUGGUACUGAAGGUGGCCAUCCUAGCAGAGAAGUAUGCGACAGACUACACCUGGUAUGUGGAUGUCAUACUCAACCUGAUCCGGAUAGCUGGAGAUUAUGUGUCGGAGGAAGUGUGGUACCGAGUUAUACAGAUAGUCAUCAACAGAGACGAUGUUCAGGGCUACGCUGCUAAAACUGUCUUUGAGGCAUUACAAGCUCCAGCAUGUCAUGAAAACAUGGUUAAAGUUGGAGGUUAUAUUUUAGGCGAAUUUGGUAAUUUGAUAGCAGGUGAUCAACGGAGCGCACCUAUUGUACAGUUUCAACUUCUACAUUCCAAGUACCACCUGUGUUCGCCGAUGACACGGGCGUUGCUGCUUUCCACCUACAUCAAGUUUGUCAACCUCUUCCCCGAGGUCAAGUCUGUAGUGCAAGACGUGUUCAAGCAGCACAGUAACCUGCGCAGUGCCGACGCAGAACUGCAACAACGGGCGUCAGAAUACCUACAGCUCAGCAUCAUCGCAUCCACAGAUGUGCUGGCAACGGUGCUAGAAGAGAUGCCAUCCUUCCCAGAACGGGAAUCAUCAAUCCUUGCAGUGCUGAAGAAGAAGAAGCCGGGACGAGUGCCUGAAAACGAGAUCAGACCUGCACACAACUCUCAUAACCAUCAAGCUGACUCUACUACCACCACGACGGCAACGCAUACUUCUCACACCAACAACAACGUGGCCACUGACCUGUUGGGACUGUCGACUCCCUCUGUACCCAGUUCCAACACCGGAGUGUUGGUGGAUGUUCUGGGUGAUAUAUACAACAGCAGUCCAGCUCCCCCCACACAGAACACCUACAACCCCAAGAAGUUUGUGUGCAAAAAUAAUGGAGUGCUAUUUGAAAAUGACCUUAUUCAAAUCGGUGUCAAGUGUGAGUUUCGGCAAAACCUUGGUAGGCUUGGCCUUUUCUACGGCAACAAGACAUCAUUUCCUCUUCAGAGUUUCUCAGCGACAUUGCAGAACCCAGGGGAGUGGGUCAACAAGCUGAAUAUUCAAGUGAGGGCCGUUGAACCUGUGCUGGAGGCUGGUGCACAGAUACAACAGAUGGUCAAUGCCGAGUGUAUAGAGGACUACACAGAUUCACCAUCCAUGAUUGUGGCAUUUAUGUACAACAACGUACCACAGAAAGUCAUUAUGAAGUUGCCACUAACACUUAACAAGUUCUUUGAACCAACUGAAAUGAAUGGAGAGUCCUUCUUUGCAAGGUGGAAAAAUCUUGGAGGUAACCCACAGAAAUCUCAGAAGAUAUUUCGCGCUUCACAGUCAAUGGACUUGACAGCAGCUCGCACCAAGGUGUUGGGCUUUGGCAUGCAGCUCCUGGAUGGUAUAGACCCCAACCCGGACAACUUUGUGUGUGCUGGCAUCAUACACACACGCACACAGCAGAUCGGUUGUCUUCUGCGUCUGGAACCCAACAAGCAAGCCCAGAUGUACAGGCUGACUGUCAGGUCCAGUAAAGAGCCAGUGUCAAUAGAGAUAUGUGAACUGCUGGCUGACCAGUUUUAAUCUGCUGUGCCUUGGGGUUGCCCAAGAUCUGUGACUUCUAUCGUUUCCGGACUUAGGUUAUUGUAACUAUUUAAUUUAUUCUAUUCUCUUUUAAAGAGCCGUUUAGUCUCAUAUACAUAUGCCUAUUAGUUGUUAACCAGUGUUAUUUUUUAUUAUUUUUGUUAUUUAAAUUAUAUUUACAAUGAUGUAUAUCAUUAGGACAUUGUUAACUUGUAAUAUAUAUAUCGUAAGAAAUCUAAUGAUAGUCUGUGUUAUUCUUCAUGUUUUCCCUCUCACUUGUAAAGUUUAACAUUUUCUCUCUUGUCGUAGAACCGAAUGUAGUUAUUAUAUUUUUCGAAUAGUUAUUCAGUGUUCACUGCUCAAAAUUUAUAUAUUUUCAAAGAGGCAGCAUAAAACACUAUCCUUAUUGUU